UGCUUGCGUUCGGCCGCAUGGUACUUCAUUCAGUCGAGGAGCGCCGAGUUGUUCGAAUCUUUGAACGUUCGCAUGUUUGCCAACAGUGUGUUGUUGUUCGGCAGCGAACAGCAUCGAGCGAUUCGUCUACGUGGGUGGUGAAUAAACGUUGAUCGCGAUCAUCCGAUCGUCAUACAGCAGAUGCUGUACCGUGAUAGGUAAAGAAUGUUAUUGUAAAACAUUUUGGAAUCUGCUAUUUUGGAACAGUGUCAACAAUUUUUAAACAUUGAUUGCAUUGCAGCGACAUUGAAGUUAUCGAUAUCUGUUACAAACUAUUAUCAGUACAGUGCAAUUUUUGUGAUAUCACCUUUUGUUGCUGUGUGUUUGGUGUAAAGUCUGAUAAGGUUUCGUGUCCGUUUAACGGAACUGGAGAACGCUUCAGGAAGUGCACGAUCGCGAGUAUUGCCGAGCAUCAUAGCACCAUAUUGUCGACCAUUUGUGACGAUCUUGCUGUGGAUGCCUCACCGUACGACCCCACGGUCGAUCGUUGGGGAACCCCUGCCGAAUUCGAUUUACACGAUCAAAAGCCGGUGGAAAGGAGCCACGACGGUUGGCAAGCAUUGCCUGAAAGCUAAACGUUUCACAUUCACACCCAUCUUCAGCGUAUCGUGUCCUUACCGCGGCGACGGGUUCGAAGGUUAAUACAACCGUACCGGAAGUGCAGUGUAGAAUUGUUGUCCGAAUCGCAACCAAUUUGUUGCUCCAAAUUGAAGGUGUACAGUGAAUGCACAGAAACACAAAAAAAAACAACAAAAGCGUCCUUGACAUCUUCUCUGGAUAGCGGCACAGCAGAAACUGAUGCCUAGUGCUAUCAACUUUCAAAGAACGCGGUGGUCACUCCAGUGAAAUAGCGUACCACCAUUAUUUGUUCUUUCCUUUUGCUCCCGCUUCAUGGUUCUGAUAAAACAGCAACGUCAGCAUCCCCGACAUCUUCGUUCUGACCGUUUGAAGCAUCAACUGCUUUCGAUCGAUCGAUGAAGUCUAAAGUACAGACGAGCUUUAGACAGAAUGCGUCAUCAAUUGGGCGAUGGGGACGAUCGACAACGAACCCGGUAACCAUUCCAGGCAGUACGGCCAGCGGAACGGCUGAGGGAUACAGCUACACGUUGACCAGCAGCCCUAGUCCUCCAAACAGUCCUCCCAUCAAUAUGCCACCGCCAAUACCACCUCGACCUGUGAUACGACAGUCCAGCUUCACGAAGAUAGGAUACAUGAUCAAUACGGCCGUCAAUGGAACUAAAAAGCAAUUCAGCAGCAGUAGCAGCAACAGCAGCAGUAGUAACAGUGGUAAUGGCGAAACAUCGUGGUGCUUUUCACAGAUAAAGGGUGCCCUGGAUGAUGAUGUUACCGAAGCCGACAUCAUUUCCUGCGUCGAGUUUAAUCAUGAUGGUGAACUUUUGGCUACCGGUGACAAAGGAGGAAGGGUUGUUAUAUUUCAGAGAGAUCCGUCUUCGAAGGCAUCCACACCGCGACGUGGUGAAUAUAACGUGUAUUCCACGUUUCAAUCGCACGAGCCAGAGUUUGAUUACUUAAAGUCGCUCGAGAUCGAGGAGAAGAUCAAUAAAAUCAGAUGGCUGAAGCGAAAGAAUCAGUCACAUUUUCUGCUUUCGACCAACGACAAAACGAUCAAGUUGUGGAAGGUGUCCGAGCGCGACAAGCGUGUGGAGGGUUACAACACGCGGGAAGACAAUGGUAGCAUUCGCGAUCCGGCCUCGAUCAAUGCGCUGCGAGUUCCAACGAUCAAACCGAUGGAUCUGAUGGUGGAAGCGUCGCCACGUCGCAUUUUUGCGAACGCACAUACCUAUCACAUUAACUCGAUCUCGGUGAACUCAGAUCAGGAAACAUACCUAUCGGCGGAUGAUCUCCGGAUUAACCUGUGGCAUCUAGAAAUUACAGACCAGAGUUUCAAUAUUGUCGACAUUAAGCCGGCAAAUAUGGAGGAACUGACAGAAGUGAUCACCGCGGCCGAGUUCCAUCCGACAGAUUGCAACGUGUUCGUUUACUCGAGCAGCAAGGGUACAAUUAGGUUAUGUGAUAUGCGCUCUUCGGCGUUAUGCGACCAGCAUGCAAAACUGUUCGAGGAGCCAGAAGAUGUGGAUGUAACAAAUAAAAGUUUUUUCCGCGAAAUAAUCAGUUCUAUUAGCGAUGUAAAGCUGAGCAACUCCGGGCGCUACAUGAUCUCGCGGGACUAUCUGAGUAUUAAGGUGUGGGAUUUGCUCAUGGAAACGAGACCCAUUGAAACGUAUCCGGUUCAUGAAUACCUCCGUACAAAGCUGUGCUCGCUGUACGAGAAUGAUUGUAUCUUCGACAAGUUCGAAUGUUGCUGGAAUGGCAGCGAUUCGGCAAUUAUGACCGGCAGUUACAACAACUUCUUCCGCAUCUUUGAUCGUAACACGAGUAAGGACGUAACGCUGGAAGCGUCCCGGGACAUUAUCAAACCGAAGACAGUGUUGAAGCCGCGCAAAGUCUGCACCGGUGGCAAGCGGAAAAAGGACGAGAUCAGCGUUGAUUGUUUGGCCUUCAACAAACGAAUUCUUCACACUGCUUGGCAUCCGCUCGAAAACAUCAUCGCCGUGGCCGCAACCAAUAAUUUAUUCAUAUUUCAGGAUAAGUUUUAGCCAAUAGUAAUAGUAGUAGUGAGGAUAAUUAAACAUUAUUCUAAUUGUAAUGAUUAUUAUUAUUAUUAUUGAUAGAGUUUCCUGGGCAAGGCGAAGAACAAAAGAACUGUAAGGGAUAUGGAGUUGUGUGAAAGUGAUGAGAGAAGCGCAAUAUUUUGGCAUACUCUGUAAAGCGAUUGGGAAAUGCGAACGAAUUGAUAGAAAUAGCGUUUGAGCGAAACAUAAGCUUUGUGCGCUUGUUUCGGUUCAUACAGUAGAAAGGAGCAGGAGUAAGACGAAACAAUCAAAUGGCUAAAAAUGAAAAGAACCCGCCUUUUGUAGCUUGGCGAAUAAUGGGCCGUCGUAAUGGAUGGUACAUCUUUCACUGAAAGAGUGUGUCAAGAUUAAGUGGCCACACAAGGUAGCUAGGAUAGACGAGAUGAUGUACGGUGAUCCAAUCGCAUUGCACUGCAUGUUAUUUAAGCACAUGAAGUUGAAACAGCUUUACACAGUUCAUAUUCUGCGCGAAAAGACAAACAAGUUGAUGUUGCUGAUGUGCGAUCACGUUGCGAUUGAGUUUUCCUUCGCACUUUGUCCCUUCGAUUGAAUGGGAAUAAUGGUUUGGCGAAUAAUCGGAUCUUUCAUUUUGGUUUUUGCAUUUUUCAUUUGUCGUUAAGUAGCAACUGUUUUGAUUUGCCAAAUGUCCCCAGGCCUAGCAGUCCCAGGAAACGCAUGAUCAAGAGCAAUCCGAUCGUUAUCCGCCCCAACAAUAGUAUCAGGAGUGUUGGCUUCAACGACGGCACUAUACACAAGAACAAUAACUACUAAAACGCCAUGCAUGUGUUUGAGUGCGGGUAUGUCGUGUGAAUGAGCCCAAGUAUGAGUGCGUUAGAAUGAGUGUGCGCGAUGUAUUUUGAAUGCGAUAGUGUGCGGAGAACAGAAAGAGUGGGACGCACUGCGUGCGCUUGGAAUGAUGAGGAGUGUGAAAAAGGAAGUACAUCGUUAAUUCUAGAUUCUAGUGAAAUAAACCAGUUAGGCCGGUGUUUUGGGUAAACGAUUCUAGCAACGGAAUGAAGCAGUGUAAAAUAAAACGAAUCCCUGCGUACAUGGCGAUAGCCUGUUACACAGUGCAAAGGAGAGAGCACAGUCAGGAUGAUAAGCAACUGGGAAUAAUUUUGCACAUAGUGAAAAGGGUAUCAGGAAGAAAACGUCAAUCUUGAGGAUGUAACGACAAAAUAGUCAAAAUCAAUCCUAAUUUGUUUCAUUUAGAAAUUACUGGUUGAUGAUUUUUUUUUCUCAUUUUUGAAUCGUUGUCUAUCAUCAUUUCGAGUCAUUCUAUCAUUAGAGAGAAUUACAAAACAAUAAGAAUUACGGACAUAUAGUAUACAUUGAAAGUUCACAAAAAUCGUUCUCACAAGGUAGACCGGACACAUCGGACAAAAAGUAAUCAACGCAUCAAAGGUUUAAUUAAGAAAGGCUAAGUAAAAUAUCAGCAUACUUCGCAGCUCAAUAAUGGUUAAACAAAAAAAAAACAGCAGUACCUUUUCUGUGUUGAAUUAGCAUAAUGCGACUGUAUGUAUGUAUGUAUGUAUUGAGGGGUAGGCGCGCGUAUUGAAUCGGCAUUUCGAUAACCUGCUUUCAAUUUCCACUCACAGUUUCAUUUGCGAAAUGAAAUAUGUUUGUAAAACUAUUCAAAAAGAAGGUGUUGUGUUAACGAAACCAUUCUCAUAAACACUUUGCUCUCCCACUCAGUCUCGGCUAUUCCAAUUGCACUUUAUGCAGCCCAUUACAGAGAGAUUAUGAACGGCAUUAUUGGUCAUUGAAAGUUCGGUUGAUGGUGCCAGUCGACGAAGCUUUAUGCAUGAGGGAUUUAUAACACUUAACACAUUUUAUCGUUUAUUCUGUUGUGCAUUUAAGUGGGCAAGGCUGAAGCUUAGGAAAGGAGAGAGUAAUAGAAGCAGAAUAUGGUCAGAAAUAAACGACAGCAGCAAAUCGAAAGCAAACACUCACCGCACUUAAUUACGAUGCAUUAAAAAAAAACUAAAGCUAGAGAGAAAGAAGGACACAAUUAAAAUAUUAAGCUAAGAGGAUGUGUGAGCAGCAGAAAGGAUAUGCUGCGGCGCAUGGCAGGGAAUGUGGCGUUUGUUGUCGUUGUAAAGAGUUGUGCGCUAGAUCACAGACAAUUGGAAUGCCUGUGAGGGGCAGCAGGUGCUGUUGGAUGGGUUGUGUAGCACGAACGUUUGUCGAUCGUGUCAUAUGAAUUCGGUUUUAGAUGUUCGCCAUUGUUUUCUUAACGAAGAUCGAACUGCCACUGUUUUGGGGUAGUAAGGAGAAACGCCGAAGCGACGUGUUAAAAAAGCAGUUUACACAUAAUAAGGCAAUCAGAUGUGCAAACGCAUUAUGAUACAUCUUGCAAAAGAGAGUACGUACGGUACGGUUAUGUGUAGCAGCGUCUUAAAAACAAUUCCUUUUGCGAUAGUGUUUUUUUAUUACUAUUCUUUAUAUUAAGUUAAACUUUUAUCCCACUUAUGUUGUUGCUGCCCUUGUUCCGACUUGUUUUGUUAUUAGAGCUUUCGUUUGUUUACUCCAGAAGCAGUUGUAACAUUUGGUCGGUAUCGCAGAAUCCGUGUGGCAGAGCACACUUCUUCGUCGCCUUGCAUCUGGAUGAAAAGACAAACACAACAGAGGCGGCAACCACGAUUGGUUUAUAGAUUGAGCGGAAAUGCGGGACAGAAUUACUUGUGUAUGAUGGCAUGUGAUACUCGUCUUUACUUCGUCUUGUACGGAUCGCAAAAGACUAUAGACAACAAGUAUAGGAAGGUUCUGUAGAUGAUAGUGAUGGCAAGAAUAUGCGCAGGAACAAAGAUGAAGACACAAAUCGCGUUAGCGAGCGACGAACGAGGGUGACAAAUGCAAAGGCUUGAGAAGAUAUGGCAGCAUAGCAGGGUGGUAAACAUACACACACACGCAGCAUUUUGGCGCAGAGAUAAAGAGAAGAAAAUUGGAAUGGUUUAAGAAAUCCAAGAAACGAAGCAACAUAAGCGAAGCGAACAAGAGAAACAACAAAAAUCAAAUGAAAUAAAACAAUGAAAUAAACCACAACAAGCAAGAA